AUGUCGUAUGGGUUGGGGACGUUUAUGCUUUCAUCGCUUCUCCCCUUCUUUCUCCAUACUGUUUCUGCUCUCAAUGUCCCACCCUCUUUCGAGAACGUGGCAGUCGUCCGCACGAUAGAAUUGGGCGGGUCCUCAGUCCACGUCACAACCUCGAUUUCUGCGCGUUCCCUAGCAAACAAUAACGCGAAAUAUUUCUUUGUGCUAUCGAAGGAACAAGAUGACCUCACCAAGUGGAUCGAGGCAAGGCCAUUCGUGUAUUACUCCGUCAAUAUUCCCGACACUUUGGGAGUGAAUGAAACAAUCACGCUGCUUGUCAACACUAUCGAGGCGCAUGCAACUACACCGUUACCCGCGACUGCGAAGCAAACUGGCGCUUACGUGCUUAGUCCCUACGCCUCGCUUUCUCAAAGGACUAAGCUGCGGUCGCCAAGUCCUACGAUCCAUUCGUAUUCAGAACCAUCCUCACUCUCGUCUUAUGCCUCCAACGUACCAGUGACCAAGUCAGGGGCAGUUGUUACCUAUGGACCAUUCCAAAACAUUCCUCCAUCUGCGGAUAAAGCCUUCUUCAACAAUGUCCAAGAAAUUGUGAAGAUUCACUAUGUGUAUGACCAACCAAUCCUCACUGUGUCCUCCCUCAGGAGGACAGCAGAGAUUAGCCACUGGGGAGACAACCUGAACAUCCAGGAUGACAUAAAAUUGCUCAAUGAUGGCGCUAGACUAGAGGGCCAAUUCUCUCGCAUUGACUAUCAACGCCAAAAUUUCUUUCAGAAAGGGGGAAGCUCUAUUCUUCCUGGCUUCACCAUUCAACUCCCUGCUGGAGCUAGGGACCCGUACUUCACUGACAUUGUUGGCAACGUGUCGACCUCCCGUUUUCGACCUGCGCCACCGAAGUCAAACGGCAAGGGAGCUUCUGACAGAAAUAGUAUUUUGGAGGUCAAGCCUAGAUACCCUCUUAUCGGUGGCUGGAAUUACACAUUUCGGCUCGGAUGGGAUGCUCCACUCGGGGAAUCCACCCUGUAUAUUGCUGCCAUACCUUUCUUCACCCACAUACCGGGAUCGGUCGUUGACGAUGCUGAGGUCAAAAUUAUUCUCCCUGAGGGCGCUACCGACUCCAACGUUUACGUUCCAUUCGCCGUUGACGAGUUGUAUCGGGGCACUCAUGGACGUCCUUCCAUAAUUCUUAAAAAGCGCGGACUGACUGUGAAGCAUACUGGAUUGAUAUAUGUCUCAUACUCAUUGUCUCUCACUGCACAUCUGAACAAGGUGGCCGCUGUAGCCUCUGCUUCCUUCAUUCUUUUCGCAAUAGGUUUGGUAUUGAGACGAACAGACACCACCAUUCACAGGAGCAUAUAGUCAGACGUGAUACUACUUGCCACGUUUCGGUUGGCAUUCCCUGUUAAUAAAUCCUAUGAUUCCUCUCCAUGGUGUUUGAGCUUAGGAACCAUAUGUAUAGAGAUUUUUUUAGCACAUUCCUGCGACUAAAAUGUCGGAAAACCUCGAUAUCCAUCAAAAUGCAAAUUUUGACGUUAAAACCCCCC